AUGUCGACCAUCUCCAAGUUUGGGGCAGACCCACCCUGCUUCGCUCGGGGGACGACGAGUCCUGCUCGCUCCCACCAGGCCCGCUCUCCCCUGCGCGUCUCCGCUGCAGUCCCAAGCGCGCUCGCUCUCAUCCUGUGCGCUGCGUGUGAAUACUCCCGAGAAAACAGACAGACUUCCCCAAAUGCCCGUCCGGCACCAGCAGCUGCUCCUGCUGCCGCUUUGUGUCUGGCGGCGGCGGCGGCGAAUUACCUGCAGCGCCUUCUAACUCAGAACUGCGAGCCGGCUUUGCAAGCACCACCAGCCGAAGGGGGAAGCGCCUUUUCCAAUCCGCGGCGGGCCGAGAGAGACGGGGGAAGCGGCAAGCAGCUGCGGCGUGGGUGCCACCAUUCCCGCAAGAGCUUCCCCCGCCCGGGGACUGUGGCUUUCCUCGGCAGCCAAGGUCUCGGGCGGGGCGGGCUGCUCGGGGAAGCCGAACUUGGACCCGGCCGCGGCGACAUGCCCCCGCCAAGCAGGAGGGAGCGGCUGCUGGAGUGGAGGCCAAGCCCUGGCAUCAGUCGUUUCCCUUGGCAGGCAGGCCAGGGUCACCCAACCAGAGGAGACCUAGAGAACAUUCCCAGGCAUCUAAUUCAGGAGAGGGACAGCAUCAUCAGUGGCUGUUGCUGGGGUCUCUCUUCUGUUUCUUUUUUAGAUUGUGAGCCCUUUGGGGACAGGGAGCCCUCUUUGUUUGUUUGUUCAUUUAUUUAUAUCUGUGUAAACAGCUUUGGGAACUUAUUGGUUUGAUUUCUAAAGACCGCCCUUCCAAAAAUGGCCACAUUAAAAUAAAACUCAAAUCAAUUAACUGUUAAAAUAAAAAACUGUAAAAACCGACAUAAAACCAUAGUGGAAAACAAUUAAAACAGCUUUAAAAACCCUGGAACACUUGGCCAAACCUUUACAGUUCAAAAACGGUUUUAAAACUUCUGUUGAAAAGCGGUCUAUAAAUAUUGGUUGUACUGUAUGGUCAUUGUACUGUAUUUUACUCCCCUGUCUGUGUAUCUCUGGAUUUCACAAACAUCCUAUAUCACCUGUUCCAGUAAAGUAUGGUAAAAUGGCAGUGGCAAAACACUCAGGA